GCUUUAUACAUCCGGUGAAACAUCUGGCUCAUUGCUCUAUUUGUGACGUAACCAUCCAGUGACUGCGCAUAACCUACGCUCUUGAACUUUGAGCAACGUUAGCGUUAUUCUUGACCACUACAACAGCAGCCAUUUCUGAAAAAGUGAGACCUGAGCCCCCCCAUCCCCGCCCCCCCUCCCCAUGGCAUCAUCUGAGGUCAAUGUUAAUGUGGAGGAGGUGGUAGUCGUGACAACGCCGGAUGGAGCAGGGGAGGGCUUGGCUGCAGAGGAGGUGAAGACUGUGCUGGUGGCUACAGAGCUGACCCAGGCAGGGGAGGAACUUACAGAUGGAAGCGUGGAGUCAGAAACCGACGCCACCAGCACUGUGACAAAGGAGGCAGUCCUAGUGAAGCUGUCAGAGGAGAUGGAUGUGGAAGCUGAUUUGGUCUACCCAAUCACUUGUGGGGACGUGAAGGGCACCCUGGUCUGGAAGAAGUUUGUUUGCCCUGGCAUCAACAUCAAAUGUGUCCAAGGUCAAUCUCUGUUCCAGUUCAAUGAGCAUCUCAUCAGUCCCAAGGAAUUUGUCUAUCUGGCUGGGAAAUCUACACUGAAGGACUGGAAGAGAGCCAUUCGUGUGAACGGCACUAUGAUCAGGAAAAUCAUGGACUCAGGCGAGCUGGAUUUCUACCAGCACUCCAAGGUGUGCUCCAACACCUGCCGCAGUACUAAGAUUGACCUGGUGGGGACCAGAGUGUCACUCAGCAGCCAGCAGUCCACCGAAUACGUUCCUGUCACCCCUUCCUUAUCUGACGGUAAACACACAGUAAACGGCUCACCGGCCAAGUUUCCAACAGAGGUAUCAUCAGAAGACACCACGGAAUGGGUCACAGCGAUAGGAGAGGAUUCUGUGACCUUCUGGAGGGGUCUGAAGGAGGCUGGGUUGCUGGAGGAAGUGGUGGAGGACUUCCAGAAGGAGAUCCAGGAGGUACUAAAGGGAAUGCAGGAGCGCAUCACCGAGCCUCCCCUGCAGGUCAACGACGCUGUGCUGCUCAACAAUAUAGUGCAGAACUUUGGCAUGCUCGACUUGGUUAAGAAGGUGCUAGCCAGUCACAAGAGCCAGAUGGACCGCUAUAGAGAGCAGUAUUCACGCAGUCUUGUCGCUCUGGAGCAGCAAUGUGACGAGCACAGGAAACGUGCGAAGGAGUUAAAGAGCAAAUCCCAACACCUCAACAACGUCCUCAUGACCCUAACUCCCGUGGCCGUGCCGUCCACACCCAAACGCCCACGCCUCACCCGCGCUGUCUCGGGACCUGCCGUUAUGUCCAGUGCCCCCACCCAGAUCACCCUGCCCCUCACCCAGCUGGCAGGCCUGCCUGCUGGGUGCAAAGUGCUCUCGGUGGGGGGAGCCGGUGCCGGCCAGCAGACCUACACGGUGCUGACCUCCCCCACGGGUGAGCUGGGGCCAGAUGCCUCCAAUCUGACGGUACUCUCCACGGCCGCCGCCGUUCAGGAGGGCGCACCCGCCACCUCAGCCUUCGUCAAGAUGGUCAGCCCAGGCUACCAGCUGAUCACACUGCCUGCCGCGUUGAGCACCCAGCUACAGGGCCUGGCUGGGGGCACGGCCCAGGGCACCACUACCAUGGUGGCAGUGCCUAUGGGUAACAACGCACUGCAGAGCACGGCGGCAGUGGUCAAAGCGUUGGGGAGACGGGUGGAAGUUCAUGUGCAGGAGGGUGUGGCACCAGAGACUGAGGAGCAGGAGGCAAAGGAGACGGUUGAGAGUUAGAGAGAUGUACUCCUCCUAUAGUGUUAAAAACACGUCAGGGACGGAGGCCCUGUUUGUCCUCACUGGUUUGGAGUGCAAGUACUGGAACCAGUGCCUAGGUCUAGUGGUGUUGAACUAUGAAUGAUCCAUAUCAGUAAAGAUUACUUCAAAUGUAUAACUACAUGCACUGCUCAUUUUACUCAAAGCACCAGCGUGUGUGUGUAGAGGUGAAAAUGUCUGGGCAGAAUUGAGUUUGGAAUUCAAAACGGUGUAUAUUUUUAUAACCAUGCAAGUAGAUGCCGACUCUGCUCAAAAGCCAUGAUCUUAGUUUUUCUCAGGUGUCCAUUUUCACUGGGGUGUAGGUGCCACGGUCACAUUAUCUCUUUACAUUGUGCUAAAAAUGUAAUUUCUACAAUGCUCAUCUUUCAACAUCAGAAUGUUUUUCCAUUUCAACAUUUAAUAACUAUAUAUAACUUUUUGAGUAUUACAAUGCAUUUUAUUAAAUAGUUAAUAUUUUUGAACAAAUGAAAAGUGAACAAACUGGUGGUUUUGUUGAACUUGUCAGUGUACUUUGUAAAUUAAUUGUAUAAAUUCUUAAAUCUAGCCAUUACUGGAAAACUUGAAGUAUUUGGCAUUUCUUUUUAUUUCUAAACCAGUUGUUCAAUUCAUCAUGAGUCAAUACUUUUAAUAGCUUUGUGUAACAUUUCUUCUGACCAGAAAGGGCGUUGAGUUGUGAAUUUCACCAGUCUUCUCAUUAACUUAAAUGACAUGGAUCAUGAAAGGGCAAUUCAAAUGCAACCUUGAACAGUGAGUCCACAUGAUCAUGACCAUCGCUUGAUGGGCAAGCAUACAAGCUAGGCUACAUGACUCGUAAACCUCACAGUAUGGUCGUGCUGCAAUGAAAUACUGUAGGUAAGAUUUAAGUUUGUAUGUUGAAAUAUGGCCCUGUUUUUACACAAUGUUUUUCUAUUUAAACUUACUCAUGCUCGUUACACGCUCUGAAAGCUGUUAUUGUAAUGCAUCGGUCUGUUACAAUUGCCAAUGUUUACUAUGCAUGUUUUCAGACCUGUCUCUAAUAUGCCACUAGCCCCACACCUUGAUAUCAGAACGUGCCGGUAGGGAGUGCUGAAGUGUUUCUUUUUCUUCUCCAGAUAGUCCUUUAUUAUUGUCCCCUAACCCUACCUCCACUAAUUGGAGUAAACUAAUGGACAACAACACUUAGGCUUCAACUUCCAGCUGAUGCAUGUCCAGCUGACAUACUAUAUACAUUUUACGGACGCAGUAUAUUUUAAGCAAUAAGGCCCGAGGAGGAGUGGUAUAUGGCCAAUAUACCACGUCUAAGGGCUGUUGUUAUGCACAACAAAACGCGGAGUGCCUGGACACAGUCCUUAGCCAUAUAUUGGCCAUAUAUCACAAACCCCCGAGGUACCUUAUUGUAAUUUGAGCUGUAAAAAUAAAUGUUUUGUCCUACCCAUGGUAUACAGGUAUAUACCACGGCUGUCAACCAAUCAGCAUUCAGUGCUCGAACCACCCAGUUUAGAAUUUACAAUAGUUAUCUUUUGUUUAUUUUUAGUCCCAUCCUUCAGCUACCCUCAACCCCUCCAUCUAUCUCUGAAGACCAUCCAGUUGUGAUUUCUGUUUGCCAUAUUUUUCAACUUUGCAGUUUCACAAAAGUUCUGAACCUAUAUGCAUUUUACAGACACAGUAUAUUUUACAUUUGUUUUCUUGUUAUCCAGAUACUCAUCUUUGGCCAGUGACUGCCGACAGGUGCGUUGCACUUGGUUUUGGGUGCACUGUGCACAGAAAAUUAAAUCAGAUGGCAUCAACCGUGAAUAACCGGUCAAUGUUGAGUUUGAUUUGCCCUUUCGUGGUCCAUGUAAUUUAAGUUGAUGGGAACAUUUAUGUUCAAAGUUCAAAACAUUUUGAUUGUAAUGCCAGUUUUAAUAAUCAAUCAGUGAACUUCAAAGACUACAACAGUUUAUUCAAUGUGAAUCAUUCUAGCUGACUCCUGAUUGUGAAUGCAAUGAAAGGUCCUAUUUUGCAAUGAGAGGCGCUCUCCAUGAUGCUGAAAUGCACCACGAGCCUAUGUGCAUUGGCACUCCAAUGUUCAACGCUCCACGCUGUCCUCUUGGCAAUGUAGGCCUACUCUUGGGCUACUUGUCCACAAGAUGGUGCUAGUCCAAUUUCACUCAUCAGCAUUCCAUUUAGUUGGGUGAUUGAUUUUAAGAAACGUAUUGUUAAACAUCGAUUUAAAAACGAAAACACCAAAGGUUGUCAUCCUCUGUUUGCUAUGCUGCAGGCCUGUAGGCCAUGUUUUUGCUGAUGUUGGUGUUCUUUUCGUUUGUUGAAAUAUUGCAGUUGUCUCAGAACCACAAGUCUAUUAAAAAAUAUAUAUAUAUCAAAUGAGAUUAUCAACUUUGACACCUAGAGACGUUUAGGGUCACGGGUCGUUGGCGGUGCCCAAAGAUGUGUGUGCGUAUUUUACGCGUUUUGGUCACCUUUUGGCACUACAAGGUGAAUGGCAAGGUGUCCAUUGGAUUCCAUUUUUAUGGGGCUUUUUGUAUGGUAGCCAGUGGCGACCCGUCAUUCAGGGCUUAGCAAAAAAAAAAUGUGUUGCCUGUUUUUGCAUGUUAAUUUGGCAUUAAUACUUGUCACACAUCAGUUUGCAAACAAUGUAAAAAAAAGAAACAUUUAGUUAAUAAAGCUGCAUACAAA